AUGGAUCGAGAGUUCAUGGAGAAGCUGAACAAUCACUGUCUAAAGCAGAAACUUAAACUGGUUUAUGCUGAUGUUGGGAUGACCGGCCCAUCUCAUGAUCCUGAGUUCACAGUUGUGGUUAAAAUAAACAAUGUAGACUAUGGUAGAGGCACUGGUAAAAAUAAGAAGGAAGCAAAAGCAGUAGCAGCAAAAAGAACGUGGAAAAUGAUUCAGAAACAGACUACUUCAAGUAUGCAAGCUGCAGAAUUAAUGACGACUCCAGUGACCUUAUCACCUGUACUAAGUAGCGACUAUGUCAGCCUACUAAAUAUAUAUUCACAAAAGACAUUGCACAUAGUAGAUUAUCCUAACAAAAAACGUACUGGAGACGCCCAUGCUCCCAUGUUUUCUUGUAACUGUACAAUUAGUGGUUUUGUGUAUGGAACUGGCACCGGACCUUCUCUAGCUACUGCAAAACAAGCUGCUGCAAAACAAGCGUUAGAGAAGCUAAAUAAGGAAGGCGCUACAACAAUGGUAAGUGGAAAAACUAAUAGCAAUUCUACACUUAAUGAAUAUAGUAAUUCCUCCCAAGUGCUAACUCGGUCUGACUCAGACAGUAUUUGCUUUGAAGACUCAGCUGGAAAGUUGGAAGAAAAAAUGAAAGACAUGGCAAUAUGUAAAAAGCCUUCGCCUUCUCAGGGAGGCGCAGAAAGUUCUGCCCUGAAAUCCAAAAGAAAAUUGGCAGCUAAUUUUGGUAAUGCAAGAAAAAAGGAGGAGGAAAAAAAGACGUCAGAUUCAGAUGAAAGUUUGCCAGAUUUGGACACAAAUACAAGUGAGGAGAAUGAAAGUCCAUACACUGUGGAUAAAAGAUUUCUUGAGAGUUUUAAAAAUAUAGAGCCUAUUGGUGAAGGUGGUUUUGGGAAUGUUUUCAAAGCAACAGCAAAACUUGAUGAGAGAACCUAUGCAGUCAAACGAGUUCCCUUUGCAAAGAAUGUAAAUCGUGAAGUAAAAGAACUUGCAAGACUUGCCCAUGAAAACAUAGUGCGGUAUUAUUGGAGCUGGAAAGGGUAUGACCAUGUGACUUAUCCAGACUCAAGGCAGAAGUCAGACAAAGAAAUUACUUGUCUUUUCAUCCAAAUGGAAUUAUGUGAAAAAGGGCCAUUGGAAAACUGGAUUGAAAAGAAUAGACAAAACAAAAAGUAUUAUGAGAUGGCACAAAACAAAUUUUUACAAAUACUGGAAGGAGUGAAAUACAUUCAUUCUGAAGGGUUAAUUCAUCGAGACCUCAAG